UUCCUUGUCUUAACAAAAAAAAACCCUAAUUAGUUUUUUCUUUUUCCAUUAUUUCUCAGCUAUGGAGGUGCCAAUGAUUAAUAGAAUUAGAGAUUUCGAAGUGGGCAUAAACUCAAUAAACGAGCCUUCCUUUCUCUCUCGCUCCGUUGCUGUCUCCGGCAUCGGAAAGCUACACCAAGCUUACGGUUUCUGGAAAUGGGGAGCUUUGAUCAUUGCAUUUUUAGCUUAUUUCACGAAUUUCAUUACAAGACUCAAUAGUUUAGUCGUUAGGUUAAGAAGAAAAAUAGAUGUCUCAAUCUCUUCCCCAACUCUUUUCGAUGAUUACGACAGCGACUACUCCGAUGUUUCUUGUCCUUCCUCGGCUUCUUCAGACGACGAAGAUGAAGAAGACGAGGAAGAUAAAGAUGAGGAAGACGUUGACUCGAUUUAUGAUCGAGGAUGGGUCAACGGGAGCUUCCGCGCGAGAGGAUCUGCUCAGGGGCAAAACGAUAAUUUCGCAUGUUUCAAAGGUAGCUUCGGAGAUUUGUUCACGUGGCCUGAUCUCGGCGGCGGAGUCGUGAACCUAUGGGAUCAUUUAGAUAUCAACGGCGGCGAGGAGGAGGGAGAUGGUGAGAAUGUGGUGGCGUCGUUUCUCAGGAACUGCGGUGGCUCCUUCUCCUCAGCCGCUUCGCCGUCGUCGUUUUUUCUGACGGCGGAGAGGAGAGGCGGCGACGCCGUCAAAGUGGAGGCGUGCGAUCCGCGCGCGGGGUUUCGGAUGCCGGCGCUGCUGGCGGAGUGGAGGCAGCCGGGGAGGUUUCUCGGGAAUGUGAUCGGAGUCGAAGUCGGCGGCGUGGAGAAGAUAUAUGUCAGGGAUGAUGUGAGCGGGAAGAUCGCCGUGGGAGAUCUGAGGAGGUUUAACGGUGCGUUGACGGACUUGACGGAUGCGGACGGCUGUGAUACUUGGUGGGACGCUGACGUCGUUAUCGGGGGGUGAUUGCGAUUUGAGAAGAUGCGUUAAUGAUUAGUGAUUUGAUUUGUGACGGUUGCGUCUAUAAAUGAUUCAAAACGCGAAAAUGAAAUAAAAAAAUGAGAACGACGAACGUUUUGUAAAUAAUUUGUCUGUUUCCUUCUCUUCAGUGUUUAUUUUAAGUUUUGAAUAAAUCAACCUCAGAUGUAGUGACUUUAGACAAAAGUAAAAAAAAAAAUGGUUUUAAAAA